CAGAUUCUUUAAUAUCACUGUGAUUAUUUUAUUUAUUGAUGGCUGCUGUCAAACUUACGCAUCAUCCGAAUACAGUUCCUUUGCUCGUGAAAGGGCAACGGGUCGCCUUGGCUGAUUAUAUCACUUCCACUUGUCCGACCAUUGUCGGCCCCAAAGCCACUUUUACCCCUACGUCCUAUCUAUUCAACGGUCACCUUCAAACCGGUUAUGCUGCUUACUACAAUUCUAGCACCACCGACAAUGACAUUGUCUACCAACGUCAAAUGCUCGAUUUACCCGAUGGCGGUCAUCUCGCCCUCGACUGGACCCCACCGAAUCAGCCCCUUGACAAUACUCCAGUACUCGUAGCAUUACACGGAUUGACCGGAGGUAGUCAUGAAUCUUAUAUUCGCAGUGUACUCGAAGUGGUCACACGCCCUCCAUUUAACUAUCGUGCCGUGGUUAUGAAUUGCCGUGGUUGUGCCAACACCAGUCUUAAAACGCCCCAGCUAUUUAACGGGGCCUAUACCGACGACCUUCGAUUUGUGUUGAAACAUUUGCAAGAGGUGCUGCCUGCAGGCACCCCGCUCGUGGGUAUUGGAUUCUCGUUGGGUGCGAAUAUCCUGGUCAAGUAUCUCGGUGAAGAACAAGAAAAGACGCCUUUCAAAGCCGCUAUUUCCGUUGCCAACCCUUUUGAUUUCAUGAAAUCAUCCCAAUCCUUGGAUGAGAACUAUUUUUCGCGAUCCGUCUAUUCCGCCACCAUGGCAAAUAACCUCAAACGAGCAUUCAGCAAGCAUACAGAUAUUUUGGGUCAGGAUGGAAAAAUCAAUGUUGAGGAAGUCAUGAACAGUUCCACCCUUCGCGGCUUUGACGAUGCUUGCACCCGCAAGAUGUUCAAUUAUACCACCGUGAAUAACUAUUACCGAGACGCCAGUUCCUGUCGCUUUAUUGAAAAGGUCCGAAUUCCCCUGCUUUGCUUCAACGCCCUGGAUGAUCCCAUUGUACCCGAAUCAUGUAUUCCCUACGACGAAGUCAAAGUGAAUCCCUAUGUCGUGCUUGCUACCACCGAAAAGGGAGGCCACCUUGGCUGGUUUGAACAUUUACGUCAACCUACACGGUGGAUCGUCAAACCAUUGGCUGAAUUUAUCGUGGCCAUGUUCAAGAUCCAUGAUAUACGUGAAUCGCCUACGGAAAUGGAACCGGACACCAUCGCGCAAAAUGUCGAUACCAUUCAAGCCGCCGAAUAAAAUUAGAUCAAGAUAGAAUCAUCCAUUAUCCUAGCAGCGUAGCCAUCUUGGUUAUGUCUGUCUCUUUUUGCCUGGACCGAUGCCAUCGUCGCUUAACCAAAUGAUGCCAAUAUGGGAAAUUUUAUUUACAGGAUAAAAUAUAAAGAAAAUAAAAAGAAAGAAAGAGAAUGAAAGA